UUAUAUUCCCGUCGGUUCUCCUCGAAAUUAUUUGGUCGCUGGAUCGAUCUAGGUUUGGUACACAUCAUGACGGCGCCGACGGUCGAUGCGGUGGCUGCGACCGGCGGCCGAUUAGGCGGCGCGUUGGACGCCGACGACCCCGCGGCAUUGAAGGCCGCCGUCCGGAGCGUCGUCUACGAGGCCUGCAAGGGGCAGCUGUACGACGAGGUGCAGCGCCUCCGGCCCCUCAUGGCCUCCGGCUCCGACGCCGAGCUCGCCGCGGCGCUCCGCGUGACCUCCCUCGCGCUGGCCGACGCCGCCGCAGCCGUCGCCGAGGCCGACGCCGCCCUCCGCCUCCGGGGGCUCGCGGACGACCCCGACUUGAUGCCGCACUGGCGCGACAACCUCAGCGACAGCAUCCACCGCGCCGGCCUCGUCCUGGCAGCGAUACAGCGCUACCCGCCGGAGCGCUGGCGGAUGCAAGGCCAGCUGCUGGUGGCCGUUUUGCACGCCGUCGGCGAGUCCGCCUCGUGCUGGCGGCACUGGGACCGCGUGCGGCCGGCCUGUCGUAUUCGUCCGACUUCGGCGUCAGGCGCCGUUGAUGGCCUAGCUUCGGGGAUCCAGGCCGUGCAAAUAUCUUCUUCUUCUUCACCAGAAUAAUGAGGAGAAAGAAGCCAUCGUAGAUGAAUAUAUCUCGCAUUAUGGGCAUUAUUUGUGGCAAUUUUGGCGAGCUCUUCUCCUGUUUGGUUAGCGAGGAUUCAAUGGAUGAGAAAGCAAGUUAUGAUCAAUAGUCAAGAUGUCCUCAGUUCAAUCCUGAUUCACACCCCUUCUCUUUUAGUAAAAAGCACAGAAUGUACAUCUAGUUGUCCUUUUUUAGAACAUUCAUUUGAUUAUCUUUAGUUAGUUAAAAACUUCUUAUAUCCCCUA